CUCGUCUUUUCCUCCUCCGUAUCUCUCCGACGCUGCAAUGUCGCAGCAGGGCCAAAUCCCCUUAAACCCCAUGGUUCCUCAAAACCCAAUGGUUCCCAUGCCCAUGCAGGUUCCUAUGCCCAUGCCUAUGCAGAUGCAGAUGCCGUAUCAGAUGCAGAUGCAGAUGCAGAUGCCCCUUCACAUGCCGUUCCCGCUGCCCCUUUCCGCCCAGGAAACCGGCCAAUCCGCCUCCGGAAAGCGCCGCCGAGAAGACGAAGCUCCCGGCACUGAAUUGGCGGAGCAGUCGGCGGCGAAGAGGGCAAAGGGUCAGGAUGUGAUAUUUAGGAUCGUGGUGCCGUCGAGGCAGAUCGGGAAGGUCAUCGGCAAAGAAGGUUGUCGUAUCCAGAAAAUUCGAGAAGACACAAAAGCGACCAUUAAAAUUGCUGACGCUAUUGCUCGUCAUGAAGAACGAGUUAUCAUCAUUAGUUCAAAAGAUAAUGAUGAAAACAUUACUGAUGCUGAGAAUGCUCUUCAGCAAAUAGCCAAUUUGAUUCUAAAGGAAGACGAUAUAAGUCUCGAUGCAUCAAAAGUCACUGCAGGACAUGUGGCUGCCAAUACAAUAAGGCUUUUGAUUGCUGGGUCCCAAGCGGGUGGUUUGAUUGGGGUAUCAGGUCAAAACAUUGAGAAGUUGAGAAAUUCCUCUGGUGCCACAGUUACUGUUCUGGCGCCAAAUCAGUUGCCUUUAUGUGCAUCUGCUCAUGAAUCUGAUCGAGUAGUGCAGUUAUCAGGAGAUGUUUCUGCAGUGAUGAAAGCUUUGGAGGAGAUAGGUUGUCAACUAAGGGAAAACCCUCCUCGACAAGUGAUUUCAAUCAGCCCAACAUACAAUUAUGCUGCAAUACGACCACCUCAACCAUAUCUUGACCCAACUUCAGCUGAUUAUGUUACCUUUGAGAUGCUGAUUUCGGAGACAUUGGUCGGUGGGUUGAUUGGUAGAUGCGGCUCCAACAUUUCAAGGAUCAGAAAUGAAUCUGGAGCAACAAUCAAGGUUUAUGGAGGUAAAGGUGAACAGAAGCAUAGGCAAAUUCAAUUUGGUGGUAGUGCUCAGCAGGUGGCAUUGGCAAAACAGAGAGUUGAUGAGUAUAUAUACUCUCAGUUGAUACAACAAUCUGGCGCCCAAUAAGCAAUGGAGUUUCCGGAGAUGACAAACCUGUAAAAUCAGGAUCUCUGGUUCUCAUCUAUGCGAGCUGUGCCGUGAAUCCAGCUUUGCUGCUUCAGAAUUGGUGCCCCUAUGGGUGUAAGUAGGAUGUUUUCCUUCAUGGUCACCAUGUGAUUGUUGUGGAUAGAGUUUUAUUAGUUUUCAAACUUUUCUGGUUGUACCGUAUCAUGUUUUAAAUUAUAUUUGGAAGUUCUUUUGUUUUUGUUGUCUAUAAAAUAUGGAUACUUUUGUAAUAGGCAACAUUUCCUAGAUGUCUGGUAUGGUGAUUUUCAAGUGCUUUAUGCCGUCUCUAACUAUUAGUUUGACAGAAUUAGUAUCAUCAGAUAAUGUAUGAGAUGAUUGGAUUCUUGUUCAAUUUAAAGAAUUUUAGGUGAA